GGGUGCCCAACCCCCCUUCUGUGGCGAUAAUGAAGACCUCUGGCUUUAAGGUGACAAAGAAGGCAGUCAAGCCAUAUCGCCGAGAAAAGAGAAAGGCCAAGGCCUACUCGACCUACAUCUACAAACUGCAGAAAGAGGGCAACUCCGUGAGCAAAUGCGUCGCUGUUCCCAGAGGCCUGUCCGGAGAGACGGUCCAGCUGUUGGUGACGGAGGCUGCACGGCUUUCGAAGUACAACAAGCGGGGCACCAUCACCCGUGAUGAAGUCCACUCCGCCGUUAAACUGCUACGCCCCAAAAACUCUGGGAAAGAGGGCGCUUGA